GCGUGAGUUCGUAGUUCUGCUGUGCCGGCACGCCGUCUAGGUGCGGCUUCGUGCGUGCGAGGGGCCCCAGAGGCCAGCCCGAGCGGGCCCAGCGCCCAGAAGGCUCCCGGCUGGUCGCUCAUGCCCGUGCUGGGGCGGCUCCAGCGGCGCUCGAGCAGCGCCCUCGACCGGAGCCCAGCGCCAGCCUGGCCGUUGGUGGUGCCCCCCCGUGUCGUGCGCGGGCCGUCGUGGCUCGAAGCGCUCGCUCCCGAGGCCCCGGAGAAGCCUCCGCACCAGGCCCCGCCGAGAGGCCCGGGGCACCAUGGCCGCCCGGAGGGCCGCGAGCUGCGCGCUGCUUGGCACCUGCGCGCUGGCCCUGCUCGGCCUGCGGCUGGGCUUCGUCGGCCCAGCGGCCAGCAACGCCCGCGGCGCGGCCGCCGCCGCGGCGCCCGCGGCGGUGGAGCUCCCUGGCGCCGCCACGGGGCAGGAGCACGCCACGCUCGCCAGCUUCGCCCGUCUCCUCGCCAGCGCCGCCGCGGGCGCCGCGCUGCUGGGGCUGACCGCGGGGCCCGCGCGCGCGGAAAUCGAGGACGUGGCCAUCCCCGUCGACGGCAAGGGCAAGACCAGGAACCUGAGCAAGGAGGAGCUGAUCCGCGGGAAGCGCCUGUUCAACGUCGCGUGCGGGACGUGCCACGUCGGCGGCGGCACCCGCACCAACCAGAGCGUGGGCCUGGGCAUCGAGGAGCUGUCCGGCGCCUUCCCACCGCGCAACACCAUCGACAGCCUCGUGGACUACAUCAACGCCCCGACGACCUACGACGGCCUCAAGGACAUCUCCGAGGUCCGAGGAGGAGCACAAUUUGCAGAAGCAUAAACGUUCGGAGGUCCGCGCGGCUUUCUUGGGCCGAUGCUGGCCUCCCGCCCAGCGCGCUCCAGGCGCUAGGGGGUGUGUCCGGCGACGAUGCCAGACAUCCGCGCGGAUUUCCGAGAGUAAAUUUCUGUGCAAUGGUUCGUUCGUUCUUCUUCUUUUUCUUCUUCUUCUUCUUCGUCUAGAGGUGCACCCAUCGAUCAUCGCCGCCGACCUGUGGCCGAAGAUGCGAUCCAUGAAGCAGCAGGACCUGUACGACAUCUCCGCCUACAUCCUGUACCAGAACUACGUCAUCCCCGAGAAGUGGGGUGGCGGCAAGCAGUACUACUGAGCGCGCCAUGCGCACCCUGACCAGCGCGCGUGCUGGCGGAGAGGCGUUUUUUUCAAGAGAGGUAUUUUUAAACCCCCCCGCGCGCGCGGUUUUCGCCAUCACAGUCUCUGAACUUGCCGUGCUCGUCCUUCCCCUUGAGGAUGCUAUGGGAACCUUUGGGGUGAUGGGUUCUGCCUUCCUUCG